UCUUCUGAGUUAUCGGAGAACCACAAAUCUCGACUCUGUAGAUGGAAUCCAUGGGUCUAGAUCCGGAACUUGAGAUGGAUGAAGGAGAUCUGGAGAAAUUGGAGUCAGAUGUGAAGCAGAUGGCGAAGAAGAUAUCCGAGUACAGGCAAACCCUACCGGAUCAUCUCAGGAACACCCUUGAUUCUGCGCUUUCUUCUCACAUACCCGUUUUCCCCAACAUCGAUUCCGGGUCGGAUCCUCUGCCGUCUCCGUGCCUCACUAUCGCAGAGUCAAAUAUGAGAGUAAUGGCUUGUUAUGAUGAAUCAACAACACUCACUACAACUUGGCAAGAAGCACAAGUACCUGUUGUGUUGGGAACUGAAGAGCAAGACUCUGGAGAGAAAUGGAUUCAGCUCAAGGAAAGAAUGUCGAGAAACGCUGCGAAUAUACCUAAAGUUGUAAAGAGAAUGCGAGAAUGUAUAGAGAGUAUCGACAAACUCGAUUCUUUAGACAUUACCAUUCACCCGGCAUUCAGAAGGCGAAGAAUUAACUGACUAUUUCUCCUUCAGGCUGAGGCUCUACAUAGUAGUAUUUCUUAGGAAAGACAUGUGCUGAUUUGUUAAUAUGUAAUUCUAGAUUAGAUUGAUCUGGCAUGUACAUUGGUGUCUGACUGGGUUUGCUUCAAAAACAUCAUCUUUGAUUGUGCAACUAGUAUGGAAGAGAUUAAGACUUGGAAAAAAGUCAAAGUAA